CUAGAUAUAUUAUGUCUAUGGUUCCGGCACUGUCCGGCAGUGCGAUAUCGCGACCAAGUUCGUCGCGUACGAUUACGUGUUUACAUUUCAUCGUUAAAAAUGUCGAUCCAUUUCAGCGGGUGCCGAACGCGCUCCAUCGGUGUGAUGAGCGCGAUCAUAAAGCAGUUAAAGAGAAUCAAUCUAACGCCAGUCAAAAGGAUCGACUUUCGUUUCGACCCGUUCCACAAAGACGUCAAGCAUACGAGAGAUUUUCAAUUUUACAUUAGCGCGCCGAAAAUCUGUUCAACAAAUCCGUAUUGUUUGAUGAAAACGGAAAUCGUGUGCGAUCGUUCCGAACCAACAAUUACAUUCAGUCUUCAAUCAGGUGAAAAGGUGAUAUUAAAAACAGCUUUUUUAACGUCUCUGAACAUUUUGGAGCUUUACAACAAACAUAUUACUAAAUUAGUUCCGCCUGAUCCAGCUGUGCUUGAAGCUAAAAAAGAACUCGAAGAAAAGAAGAAAAAGAAAAAGAAACAACAUCAUAAACAAAAAGAAGGAAAAAAGAAGAGGCCAGUAAUACUAUUGGGCUAAUUUAAUUGGCGACUUAUUUAGAUCGCUUAUUGACUGGGUUUUUUAUUUCCUAGAAAAACAUUCGAUCUGUAUUAACUUAAUAAUUUUGAUACUCAUCAAAAUAUUUGAUUACGAUAGAAAGCCGAUCAUACAAAAAAAAUAUCCGUGCAACAUUGUUUUGUUGAUCUUAAAUUUACGGAAAGGAGGAUAUCAAAAAUGGCGAGCGAGAUGGGAAAUAAUAAAGAUUAUAAUUUAAGACUUAUCGAUAUGCUCUACAGUCAAGUUCCAGCCUUCACCGAUGUAUUUGACGAAGAAACUUGGUAUAUUUUUGUCGUUUGUUUUGUAGCGGGUACUUUUCUAGUCGCAUUUAUUCUUUCGAGAUUUAUAACUAUAAAACCCAUUGAGUAAAUCAUGCAUAGCGAAUUCAAUUCACGAGAUGUUUUGUAUACUUUUUUGUAUUACACUUUCUCUAGAUUUUCUAUAAAAUUAGUGUCAUCACAUCAAGUUUUUAAGCAUGUUACAACCAGUAAAUUUUUCAAUCAAGUCUUAUUCUUACAAUUAAAUAAAAUUUUGCGCUAACAAACAUCGCAAAAAGAGAUAUACUUUGUAAAGGUGAUGUAUCGCAAAUCAUUUGUGCUCUGAUAAUAAAAUAGCAUUAAAGAGA